AUCUGUUCAUGAUCAAAAGCAGAAGUACGCCACUUACAACAGAGUAAAGUUAUUUUCUCAAACAUUCGCACCACUUAGAAAACAUCACUAUUCUCACUUGGUUGUUAGAACAUGGUGAGGUUUGUCUAUAAGGAGCAGUCGGAGAUCACUAUGGACUAUGUAAAUAUACCCGAAGCAUCAGCAGGGCGUGAUGCCCUGAAGAGCUGUUCUGGACAGGAUGGUGGAGUGACUGCUGCAGUUCCUGGGAGAAAACUCUACCUAUGUGUUGCUGUGAGCUUUGGACUUUUGUGCAUCCUACAAGCUGCCCUAAACAUUUCACUGCGCCACACUCACUGCAGUUCUGGCAGUAAGACACCAGAUAAAGGUGCCAGCUGCACAAAUGUGACUGAGGAGACUGACGAGCUGAAGAGAAAACUGAUUAACUAUGACAACUAUUUCCAACAAGGAUGGGUGUAUUUCCAUCCCAGUUUCUAUUACAUUUCUUCUAUCAAGAAAUCGUGGACAGACAGCAGAAAUGACUGCCUGCAAAGAGGAGCUGACCUGAUUAUCAUCAACACCAAAGACGAACAGGAGUUUGCAAGAAAAUUCCACAACCUCCCAUGGAUUGGACUGACAGACAGAGAAAGCAAAGGAAUGUGGAAAUGGGUGGAUGGCACGCCACUGACUGAAAGCUACUGGAGCCCCGGAGAGCCCAACGCUUAUGAAGGCAAAAGAGAAGACUGUGUGGACUUCAGGUCCCAUGAUCUGGAAAACAACUGGAAUGAUUUAUCAUGUGAAGAACACAAUUUCUGGAUCUGUGAAAAGAUGAUAGCUUUAUAACUCAGCAUAUAUACAACCCUGAAAUGCUGAAAAGCACUUUAUGGUCAGUCUGGGUGCAGAAAUUCCACUUUCCCAAAACCAUUUCACAAUCCUGUGACUGUGUACAUGUGAAUGAUGAACCUGUACCCAUGACUUUAUGGGGAAAAUAAUCAUUGAGAUAGAUAAAUUCUUACUUUCAACACAAUAAUUAUGUUAGCUUGGUUGCCCUGCACUUCAAACUGCUGCUAUAGAUAACCCAGUAGCGUUAUUCCUGAAAACACCCAUAUAGCCUAAUUUCUGGAUGUGCUGUUUAUGUCUGUUGAUACUGUAAUGGUAUGAAAACUAACAGUCAACACUGACUUUUUUAAGUUUCAUAAAUUUUUGUGACUUAACUUA